AUGGCAACUGUGGUGGUAGCUUUCCAACUGAGCAGGCAGCUUUCUGAAGUUAAGGCUCCUGUUCUAGUGGAGGGAGCAGGUUCCCUGGUGAUCCAGCGCCAUGAGGUCUGCUUGUACCGGUUCCACGGUACAAGCAGACUCUAUAGUGCGCUCGCCAAGACACUGAACAGCAGCGCUGCCUGCCAGCACUCAGAGUAUUUGGUGUCACCUGACCCAGAACAUCUGGAGCCCAGUGAUCCUAAAGAGCUACUUGAAGAAUGCAGGGCUGUCCUGCACACCCGACCUCCCUGGUACCAGAGAGAUUUUGUGGAUCUGAGGACAGAUUGCUCCAGUACCCACCCACCUUUCAGGGUCAAGCAGUGGAACAUCCUCGCCCAAGCUCUUGGAGAAGGCAAAGACAACUUUGUACAAUGCCCUGUUGAAGCACUCAAGUGGGAAGAAAGGAAAUGUCUCAUCCUGGAAGAAAUCCUGGCCUACCAGCCUGAUAUAUUGUGCCUCCAAGAGGUGGACCACUACUAUUUUGACAGCUUCCAACCACUCCUCAGUAGAAUAGGCUACCAAGGCAUGUUCUUCCCCAAACCCUGGUCACCUUGUCUAGAUAUGGAACAUAUUCAUGGAUCAGAUGGCUGUGCCUUAUUUUUUCUCCAAAACCAAUUCAAACUAAUCAACAGUGCCAAUAUGAGGCUGACAGCCAUGACAUUGAAAACCAACCAGGUGGCCAUUGUGCAGACCCUGAAGUGCAAAGAGUCAGGCUGACACUUCUGUAUUGCUGUCACCCAUCUAGAAGAACGCACUGGCUGGGAGUGGUUUCGAUCAGCUCAAGGCUGUGACCUCCUUCAGAACCUGCAAUACAUCACCCAAGGAGCCAAGAUUCCCCUUAUUGUGUGUGGAGACUUCAAUGCAGAGCCAACAGAAGAGGUCUACAAAAACUUUGUUUCCUCCAGCCUCAACCUGAACAGCACCUACAAGCUGCUGAGUGCUGACGGGCAGUCAGAACCCCCAUAUACUACCUGGAAGAUCCGGACCUCAGGGGAGUGCAGGCACACCCUGGAUUACAUCUGGUAUUCUAAACACACUCUCAAUGUAAGGUCAGCUCUCGAUCUGCUCACUGAAGAACAGAUCGGACCCAACCGGCUACCUUCCUUCAAUUAUCCUUCAGACCACCUGUGUCUAAUGUGUGACUUCAGCUUUACUGAGGAACCUGAUGGACUUUUAUAA